CCACUUGGAAAUCCGGGACGUCAACAAUUACUAUGGAAUUGCAACUACUACAGCAAGGAGCAGAAGCUCGUGUUUAUUCUGGUAGAUUUCAGACGAGGGCGUGUGUUGUAAAGGAGAGAUUCAGCAGGUCGUACAGACAUCCUACUUUGGACACGAAACUGAGGCAAAAGCGAACAGCCCAAGAAGUGCGGUCCAUGAUGAAAUGUCGAAAACACGGCAUCGCAACUCCUAGCGUAUUUUUCGUCGAGAACGAAAAAUGCCGGAUUUACAUGGAGAACCUCGUCACAUGUCACAAGCUCCGUGACGUUAUCAAUAGAUGUCAACGUGACGGAAAUGCCACUGAAUUGCUUGCGAUAGCCGUCACUAUUGGCGAGAUGGUUGCCAAAAUGCAUGACAUCGACGUCAUCCACGGCGAUUUGACGACAUCGAACUUCAUGAUUGACAGCAACACUCAACAACUGAAAGCAAUCGAUUUUGGUCUGAGUUCACAGUCAAGUAUGCCUGAGGAGAAGGGGGUCGACCUUUAUGUGUUGGAACGUUGCUUUCUUAGUACUCAUCCUAACACCGAGGAUCUAUUCCAGUUGAUCCUCGACACUUACAAGAAAGAGUCCAAGAAUUCUGCAAGUGUAAUCGCUAAACUUGAUCAAGUGAGAUUAAGAGGCAGGAAAAGGACUAUGGUCGGAUAGGCACAUUAUAACAGGAUUUUUAUACAUACAAACUACCCAUAGUCACAGUCAAUUUCAAUUAGUGUUCUUAAUUAAGUAUAUGCGUUUUGAACAUAUGGUUGUAAAAUGUUACCUGCUGAUGACCUGUUCUUGAACAUACACUACCAAUGUAGC